UAAUAAAGUAGGUCUAUCCGCUGAUUACAAGCAACAGUUGACCGGGAAACGUCCAAACCAACACAUACGGAGAGAGUCUGUAGAGGAAGCUUCUCUUGACCCAGCAGUUGGAGCCACUCCUUUGGGGGGGAAAAAAGCGCACCUGUUGGAAAAAGGAUCCAAGAAGGAUAAACUUGGGACUUAAAAAAGCAAGCAGGUACUGCUCAUCCUUUGAGGAAGACUGAGAAAAAGAGGAGGUUGACCUCUGGAGUUGGAAAAGACACGUAAUUAACAAAGAAUGGGGUCAUUCGGACUAGAGCUGGCCGGCAUUAGCCUCGCAGUGGUGGGCUGGCUGCUGAGCGUGGUCAGCUGUGCUUUGCCCAUGUGGAGGGUCUCCGCCUUCAUCGGCUCCAACAUCGUCACCGCUCAGGUGUACUGGGAGGGUCUGUGGAUGAGCUGUGUGUUUCAGAGCACGGGCCAGAUGCAGUGCAAGGUCUACGACUCCAUGCUUGCUCUGCCUCAGGACCUGCAGGCCGCCAGGGCCCUCACGGUCAUCACCAUCAUCCUGGGGGUGGUGGCGCUCCUCGUUUCCAUGGUGGGAGCCAAGUGCACCAACUGCAUCGAGGAGGAGGCAGUCAAAGCUAAGGUGAUGGUGUCCUCGGGCGCGGCGUUCGUCACGGCGGCCCUGGCGCAGAUCGUGCCCGUCUCCUGGUCUGCACACACCAUCAUCAUGGAGUUCUACAGUCCGGUCGUGCCCACCGGGCAGAAGAUGGAGAUCGGAGCGGCGUUGUACCUGGGAUGGGCCGCCGCAGCCCUGCUUCUGAUUGGGGGGGCCAUCCUCUGCUGCAGUUGCCCCCCACAGGAGGAGAAAGCGCUGAGGUACAGCGUAGCCCCUCAGAGCCGUUUGGCAUACUCUGCCGCUCCGAGGUCAACGGCUCAAAGCUCCUACAACAGAAGAGACUACGUCUGAAAGAGAAGAGACAAGAAAGUCAAGGAAGAGUUGGGGGGGUUGGAGUUUUACAUGAAUCUCAAAUAUUAUUUAUACAUUUUCAGGAAAUUCAUGUUUAACAACAGGGGGGGAAAAAAACAGAUCUCGCUUUUUUUUUAGAUGAUUAGAACCAAAAAUAUGUAUGCAUUUUUUUAUACUUUUGAAGCUUUUCACAGAUAGUUGUUUACAUAUCAUUUUCUCUAAAGAAAGCUAAGCGAGCACCCUGAUAAAAGAUGCUGCAGAAUGCAACUUCUGUGAAAGAGACACACCUCAUGGGAAAGUGUUAUUUUAUAUAAAUGUAUCUGUGUUCAUAAUGUGUGGUUCUAUGGGAAAUGUGCUGAGAAUUGUGUAGAUGUUAUCGUACUAUCAGAGCAGACUGGAGUGAAUGCUCAUAUCUAGAUUUUUCUUGAUGGACUUGCAGACAUGAAACAGGAGCUGCGUCACAAAUCUCAGCUUGAAGGAAAAGAAGGUCAAAAUGGCGAAGUGGACUGUAAAAUAGUGGGAGGGAGUCAUGCGAAAACCUGCCUGGGUAGCCUGAUAUGCGCCUUAUUCCAUGUGUUUCACCUCUUUUCCUUUCACUGUGGUGACCUUUUUAAUUGCUGAGGCUGAUGUAUCUGACUUUUGUUGAACAUAUCUCUAAACUUUGUCACAUUUUUCCAGAAUGUCACAAUUCAAGUGAGAAUAUUUUGUAUUUGGAUGUACUUGUGAUGAUUUUACAUAACUGAAAGAAAAUAAAGUAAUGAAGUUUUUUUUUUACAGUAAAA